UGUUGUUGUAAAGAUUAGUGGUUAAUUGAAAGUUUAUACGGCGGUGUAUUCGGAGGCAACUGGGGAACAGUAUUAUUUUUAGACUCGAUAGUCCUGUUUUCGUUAACAGUUGAGGGAUUCGCUACUUGCGCGACCGUUGAAGUCUCUCUACAGGACAAAAAAUGUUACGAAAGGUGUCGCUCCUCCUUAUGGGAGCCGUUAUGGUCAUUGCUCAAAGGAGACUAGCCCUACCUGAUCCAAGAAGUUGCGCAAACAGGGUACGUCAUGCCACAUACAGAGAUGCCCGGGGAGUAACGCACUCAUACUUCUUCAGUUGGGAACACGCACCCACCAGAAGCCUGGAAGUGGACUGGCUAGACGCCAGAAACAUCUGCAGAAGACACUGCAUGGACGCCGUUUCUCUAGAAACUCCCCAAGAAAAUGAAUUCAUCAAGCAGAGGAUCGCCAGGGGAAAUGUACGUUAUAUAUGGACGUCGGGACGCAAAUGCAACUUCGCCGGUUGCGACAGGCCAGACUUACAACCUCCAAAUAUCAACGGAUGGUUCUGGUCCGGUUCUGGAGCUAAAAUUGGUCCCACCACGCAGAGGAAUUCUGGAGACUGGAGUCACACCGGAGGAUACGGCCAACCCCAACCCGACAACCGUGAAGCUGCACAGGGUAAUGAUGAAUCCUGUCUCUCUAUCUUGAACAACUUCUACAAUGACGGCCUCAAAUGGCACGACGUAGCUUGUCACCACGUCAAACCCUUCGUCUGCGAAGAUAGUGAAGAGUUAUUAAAUUUCGUAGCCUCAAGAAACCCAGGAAUUCGCCUGUAAAUUUUAAAUGUUUAAGAAGAAACAUCGUGUACCUUACCACAAAGUCAUAAGAAUUUGAUUAACUUUGUCGUUGGAAGGGUCAAUCAAAUUCUUGGUUAAAAAAAAUUUUUAUUCUUCUCGUUUUGUCUUUUCGCAUGUGAAUAUCAGCUUUAAUCUUUUUAGGUGUAGUUUUGUAUCUAUAUUAAAUUAUAUUUUAAUAUUAAAAAUUGUAAUUUAUA